CCAAUUUAUUCUACACAUUCAUGAAAAAUGUUGAAGACUACAAUGUAGCAGUUCAUAUCUGCCUUGGCACGGAAGAUUAGGGAACAUAGCCCAAUGCAAUGGACAGUACACCAUAUUUCCCGUCCAAUACGGCAAACUCAAUAUUAAUCCGGGACAUCGAACCUGGGGGGAAUCGUCGCAUCUUCUAAAAACACGUCACAUCUGUCAAAUAUAAUCCAAUAAAAAGAAAAAGUUUUAGUCUCAUUCUCAAGCCAAAACACAAAUCACGGGCGAAGGAAAUAAAAACACAGCGGGUUGCAGAAUGACUGCUAAAUUAACCGGCACUUCCGCUUGCUCAAAGCUCAGAAAUGAGUAUAAUGAUUGCUUUAACAGGUGGUAUUCGGAGAAAUUUAUGAAAGGGCAAUGGGACAAAGAAGAGUGCGUGGCUGAGUGGGAAGCAUACAGAGCGUGCAUCAUGAAAAAUGUGGAAGACAAGAAUUUGAGUCGCUUAUUAAAACUGGAGGCUACAGCAUACCCAACUGUUUCUGAUCCAGGUCGUCCAUUGCAUUCUGAAGAUGGAUCUAAGUAGAAUAGUCAUCAUGUGUUUCUAGUAACAUGUUUUUGGUGGAACCCAGGAUCUGUAAUGCUGUGCAAUUAUUGAGCAAGCUUGAAUAAAUGAUGAGGUAUCAUUAACUAGCCAUAAAAACAAUUUCUAACAAAGGCCAAGUUGAAUUAUCCCUUUGAACUUGAAUCUGCAAGCAAACAUUUAAAGCAACAAGAGAGCUUUCGUUAGCUAUGGUGCCAUUUAAGACAUUGUGCAAAAUAUCGAUUGGCUAGUUCACAUCCUGAGCUCACUAUGAUUCUACUCCAAAAGCAUCACAUGGUCCAAUGUAAAUUGAGUCUGACUUGAUGAAUUUAAUGUAAUCUCCUCUGAAUAGAAUUGUAAAUAUUGCAACAGAUACAUUUCAUUUCCUUUGUAUUCCUUGGGAAAUUAAAUAUUCUUGGCAUUCUUCAGGUGUGGAGAGAACAUGUACACGCUAUAUAUCAAAUUUUAAGAAAGUGUACAGAUGCGAAAGGUCUUGGGCAGUGGCUAUUUCUUUACAAAGAGAAGAUGUACUUCAGUUGUUUGAAUAUUUUGUAAAGAAUGUUUGCUAUUGUGUUCAUUAGUUGUGCAUUUUUUAAUCCUUCAAAAGUAUUAUGGCUUUAGAGUUGA